AUGGAGCAGGACAGCAAGCCUCCCCACGCCGACGUGCGUCGCAACCAGCAAGUCGACAAUGCCAUUCGCGCCAUUCGAGAGAAGAAGCCCGUCCCCGAGAUUGACUUCACCAUCCACACCAUGGAAGAUGGCACGCAAGUGAGCACGUUGGAGAGAGUGUGCAAAGAUGUUCAAGCGCCCGCCAUGACCAAGCCUACCGAAGAACAGUUUUUCCAAGACGACACUCACUCCAAACCUGACAUCGCCUUUCUCAAGCAGCACUUCUAUCGCGAGGGUCGUCUGACGGAGGAACAAGCACUCUGGAUUCUUCGCAAGGGUACCGAAAUCUUGCAGAACGAGCCCAACCUCCUCGAGAUGGACGCCCCCAUCACCGUUUGUGGCGAUGUUCACGGCCAGUACUACGAUUUGAUGAAGCUAUUUGAAGUCGGUGGCGACCCAGCCGAGACCCGCUACCUGUUCCUGGGCGAUUACGUUGACCGAGGAUAUUUCAGUAUCGAAUGCGUUUUGUAUCUGUGGUCGCUGAAGAUUCACUACCCCAACACUCUAUGGUUGCUGCGAGGAAACCACGAGUGCCGUCACUUGACCGACUACUUCACCUUCAAGCUUGAAUGCAAGCACAAGUACUCGGAGGCUGUCUACGAUGCCUGCAUGGAGUCUUUUUGCAGCUUGCCAUUGGCAGCUGUGAUGAACAAACAGUUUUUGUGUAUCCAUGGUGGUCUCAGCCCUGAAUUACAUACACUUGACGACUUGAGAAAUAUUGACCGGUUCCGAGAGCCUCCUACACAAGGUCUCAUGUGCGAUAUUCUCUGGGCAGACCCUCUAGAAGACUUUGGCCAGGAAAAGACGACCGACUUCUUCUUGCACAACCACGUGCGUGGCUGCUCGUACUUCUUUUCAUACCAUGCCGCUUGCGCAUUCCUCGAGAAAAACAACCUCCUAUCUAUUAUCCGGGCACACGAGGCUCAAGAUGCUGGGUACCGCAUGUAUCGAAAGACGCGUACUACCGGUUUCCCCAGCGUCAUGACCAUCUUUUCUGCUCCCAACUAUCUUGACGUGUACAACAACAAGGCCGCGGUGCUCAAAUACGAAAAUAACGUCAUGAACAUCCGGCAGUUCAACUGCACGCCUCAUCCAUACUGGUUGCCCAACUUUAUGGACGUCUUCACGUGGUCUCUGCCAUUCGUAGGUGAGAAGAUUACGGAUAUGUUGAUUGCCAUUCUCAGCACCUGCUCUGAAGAGGAGCUCAAGGAGGAGACGCCGUCUUCGACCAGCCCACACUCGCCAACCACUUCCCAAGUAGGCGACGACCCCAAUUCGAUCGAGUUUAAGCGGAGAGCGAUCAAGAACAAGAUUCUGGCUAUUGGUCGCAUGUCACGCGUCUUCCAGGUGCUUCGAGAGGAGUCCGAGAAGGUUACCGAGCUCAAGACUGUCUCCGGAGGCAGGCUGCCUGCAGGCACGCUCAUGCUUGGCGCUGAAGGUAUUAAGAAUGCGAUAAGCUCGUUUGAGGAUGCGCGAAAGGUGGAUUUGCAAAAUGAACGUCUGCCCCCCAGUCACGAAGAAGUCGUGAAGCACCAGGAGGAGGAGCGGGCUACUGCUCUGCAAAAGGCGGCCCAGGAGGCUGAUAAUGAUAAGAAGCUGCACCAGCUUUCUCGGAGACUUAGCACGUAA